UUCGGCUACUGCACAGCAAUAAUCGGGAGGACACCGAAAGACAUGGUUUAGGGAGUAAAUCUAAAGAAAAAAAUCUAAUGUCUCUAUGUUUGAGCAACACAAUAGUAUAAUCCACACCGCUGGUAAAAGCAGCAGGGAGCCAUGGCAGAUCCCAGACAGCCGACAGAGCGGCCCCAGAGAAAGAUGUCCACCACUGGGGACAGUUUAUAUAAGGUACUGGGACUGGAGAAAGGAGCCUCUGCAGAGGACAUCAAACGGGCCUACAGGAAACUGGCGUUGAAGUAUCAUCCAGACAAAAACCCAGACAAUCCAGAAGCUGCUGAGAAGUUCAAAGAAAUCAACAAUGCUAAUUCCAUCCUCAACGACGAGACUAAACGCAAGAUCUAUGACGAGUACGGCUCCAUGGGGCUCUACGUGUCGGAACAGUUUGGCGAGGAGACGGUCAAAUACUACUUCCUCAUGUCGAAGUGGUGGUUUAAGACGCUGGUGGUGUGCUGUACACUGUUCUCCUGCUGCUGCUGCUGCUGCUGCUGUUGUUUCUGCUGUGGGAAGUGUAAACCCCCUGAGGAGGAUGAGAAUUACCAGUAUGUCGACCCUGAGGACCUGGAAGCCCAGAUCAAAGCUGAGCAGGAUGGUGGCGGAGGCUCAAGAGACCCUAUUGUAAUCCAGCCGCAGUCCACCAUCAACACUUCGGAGACCACCCAUUUUGCAGCCAGCAAGCCCACCUACACCGCAAAGUAGUGAGCCCUGGGUCCAGGACAGGGCCUUGGAUGUGGUCUUGCCCACUCAUGGACAACGGAUGAGCCUCUGUGAGCAAAGCAACAUGGCUCCCAGAAUCAUCUUACAAAGCCACUGGUCACACACUGGGGCGUAGGUUUCUGCUGAGAGAUGGGAACCUUCAGCCAAGCUCAUCUCUCUCUCUCUCUCUCUCUCUCUCUCUGCCUCUCUCUCUCUCUGCCUCUUCUUACACUAUAGUCAUCUCAGACCCAGUGUUGGGCUCUCACAGGCCAUGCUUCAGAAAGAGGGAGGGUUUUUUUUUGUAGUCGAUUUUGUCUGAUGUUUUCAAUGCUAAUUUGUGUAAGUAGCAUGGAUGUGAGCGUGAGGGUUCAUUCUGACUGCAUGGAAAAGGAUACCUGCAUGCUCUGGCUGCACACACACACACACACACACACACACACACACACACACACACACACACACACACAUCUUAACACAUAUCCCCAACAUCUUAAUGAAAGAGUCCAAUACAGGCUCGUGUCUCCCCUGCUAUUUAGAACUGUCGUACUAACUUCUCAUAAUAUAGAUAUUCAUAAUUUAGAUUUUCAUUGUCUUGACGUACAGGUACAGUCUCUGCAGUUUUCAGCAGUUCGUUUUUUUUCAUUAUUAGAUUGGAGAGCAGUGUUUUGUCUAAAAGCCGUAUCUCUGAUGUUACAGUCGUGCUUGACCAAAGCCUGUUAGUUACCACAUCAUUCUGGCUCGAUGCAUUCUGUGGUCAUUCAUUUCCUUUUGUCAUAAUACUUGAAACUACCUGAGAAAGAGGUCUAUGCACUUUCCUAAUCAUUCUUUUUUUUCAAUGCUUUUUACUGAGGAGAGCUAACUUUUGAGACAAACAUCAGGCUAUUGACUGAACAUGAGUUGUCAUUUAAUUCGUUUUGGGUUUUUUUUCCCCCGAUAUGAGCAGUGCGUGUGGUGAUUGAAGCCCUUGGGCCUGUGUGCGUUGAUUGCUAUGCCAAACUGCGCUGCACUGCUGUGCUCUCCUUGCUUUUGGAAGGGGACCCCCUUACAUUACGCAGAUCUUUUGGAUUAUUUUAUGUUUUGUUUUUUUUUUAAUUCAUUACAUUUACUGCUAGAUGUUCUCGGUCAUAGUCAUGCUUUUAUAUGCUCUACAAAUGUCAGAGUUUUGGUCCCAUCUCUCUUACUCUCUCUUGCUCCUUAAUGGUAAGAAAAUGCCCCAAAGUAUUUAACGAUAGGUUCAUGUCAUUUGUAGCUUGUGUCCUGUGUGUCAUGUUUGUGUCCUUUGGAGAAACCAUCUGUCCUUUAGAGUGGUGUCAGCUGACCAAUUUUUAGUGUUCAUUUGUUUUGUAUGGAAAUGUGAGGAUGGAUGUGGGUGUCUGACAGAUAAAGUAGCAGACACAGUUAGAGUGGAUUCAAGAAGUUUGAUGUCAGCAUGCUUAAUAUCCCUUACCUUAUUUCUCAGCCUGGCAAUUUAAGGGGCAUUUUCUUAUCAAAGAGAAUUUCCCUCCAUGUAGGUACUUGUAGCUUUCAGUUUCCUGCAAAGAAGUUGUAGUUUGCCAAAUCAACCCACUGGUUAAUUUCUGCAUUUACUAUAGAGUUCAAAUGGGGACACACACAUCAUCCAACAGACUGUUCCAAAGCAAUUAAAUUUUUUGUAACUUUUUUUUUUUUUAUCGUAUGUGAUGUAAUUUUCUUUCUCUCAAAAACCCUGUUACCACCUUAGCACACUCUACUGGUGUGAUGCGUGAUCUUGUAUUUUAAUGAAUCUGUUUUUAGGUGAAAGCAGUACCAGUGACUGUGUGUUUUCAGGACAUGUACAUAAUGUAACAUGUUAAUCACAUCCUUAUGUAAAUAUGGCCGUGUAAAAACCCCAGAGGUUUAAGUCGAAACAGAAUAUGGACAUUUCUCAGCACAUGUACCUGUGACUGAAUGAGCCAAUUUUUUUUUUGUCAUGCUCCACAGUCAGGAGGACACUGACUGAAGCCAAACACUGAUUCCAGCAUUUGUGGUCGGCUGAGGAGAGUGGACCAGAUUGCACUGUCCUGUGAACACGGCUUGCCCUGUGUGAGUGUUCAUGUCACUUAACCAGCAGGACCCUGACAUAUGUGUCCUGCCAACUCUUCAUGACUGGAUCAUUCUUGCUCUCCCUCUACUCCUGUUCAACCUAGGUCCUCCAGCAGAAAUUUCAUUAAAUGUCUAUUUAUAUUGUCAAAAUCUAAAUGAAUUAAAAAGAUGA